AUGCGAAAUGAAUCUGCGGUUGCUUCAGAGGUGCCUUGCUUGCCCCAAUCGCGCCUUUCCUCCGCCACUCUCCCCGCCGCCGUCAGCGACUGUUCCGCCCUCUACCACGCCGACGCGUCGCACAGGGCACGCCGCCGCCUGCUCCCCGCGCACGCGCCCGCCGCCUCCGCCGCCGCGUCCGCCGUUGCGGGUGGGGGUAGUCCCGCGCGGCGCCGGCUGGGCGGAGGCGGAAGCAGCAGCAAGGGCGCGGAGAAGGCGGAGAAGAGCGGCAGCGCGAAGGACGUGGGGAAGUCGGCGCGCGACCCCAGCAGCAGCAACGGCGCGGGGGCGGGCGUAAAGGGCGUGGGGACCGCGGGGAGCGCGGCGCCGCUGGGGCCGGAGGGCGCGGGGAGCGGGACGUCCGUGGUGCCGUACGCCAUGUGGGGGCUGGCACUGCCCACCGGGUCGUACUACCUGAACAUAACGGUGGGCACGCCGGGGCAGGAGGUGGCGGUGGUGAUGGACACGGGCAGCUCCCUCAUGUGGCUGCCUUGCGACUGCAUCGACUGCGCUGCUGAUGACUCACUCGCGGCGGCAGCGUAUGACUCCUCCAAGUCACCCAACUCGUCCGUGGUGCCCUGCAGCAGCCCUCUCUGCCUCGCCGACUACACCUUCGGCUGCAACCGCUUCGACGCUCCCCCCGCCCCGCCCCCCGCCCCUUCCUCCGGCGGCCUGCUGGGAGGCCUCCUGGGCAGGGGGGCGGCGGAGGGGAGUGCGGGGGAGGGCGGGGCGGAGGGCGCGGAUGGGGAGUGCGAGUUUGUGUACUCGUAUGCAGACAACAGCAGCACGAGCGGGCGUGUCAUGAUUGACACACUGGACCUGCCCACUGUGGCCGAUGGCAUGGUCAAGGACAAGAUGCUCUUUGGGUCCGCCCUCUCACCUGCCCUGCCCUGCCGCGAUCCGUGCGGGCAGAACCAGGCGGGGAACCUGGCCAAGUCGAGCUACAUCUACGGGCUGAUGGGCAUGGGCGUGGGGCCCAUCUCGCCGCUGACGCAGCUGUACACGGCGGGGCACGUGCCCUUCGCCUUCUCCUUCUGCUUCGACUCCGCCAACGACACCGGCUCGCACCUCGUGCUCGGCCGCACGCCGCCGCCCCCUGCUCUGCGCUCCACCACCCUCCUGCCCAACGAUCGCCCGUUCUACUUCAUAGACGUGGUGCGCAUGAGCGUCGAGGGCGCCACUCUGCCCGGCAGCGAGAACCUCGCACCCACCAACGCCACGCAGGGCGCAGAGGGAGCGGGGGGUAGCACGGGGGCCGUGGAGAGCAGGGGCGGGGUGAUAGUGGACUCGGGCACGACGCUCACCAUCCUGCCUUCCGACCUCUACGCCUCCGUGCUGCACACUGUGUUCGCAGGGCAGGAGGUGUUCUUCGUGCCCGAGCUCAACCUCGACUGCAUCGUCCUCGGCUUCUUUGACGGCGCCCCACCAGCGUUCCCGGUGAUCCACAUGGAGAUGGCAGACGGGGCCGUGUGGAGCAUCCCCUCCUCCAACUACCUCAGCCGCUUCGACGAUGGGUUUGACCAGUACUACUGCGCCACCAUGAUGGCUGCUCCCGACAACUUCCCCGUCUCCGUCAUCAUUGGCGAGACAUGGGUACAGGACACGUACAUCUCCGUUGACAUCGAGAAGAAGCAGCUCGGAUGGGCUCCUCUCAACUGUUCAUCGGGCGAGUACCUGACAUUCAACUACACGCGAGACCCCUUUGCCGACAUGACCUAUCUGCAGCCCCCUCCACCCACCGCUGCCGCUGCACCGCCCUCCUCUGCCUCGUUGCUGCCUGCGUGGGCGAACCCUCUUGUGUCUGCAACCCCAGCACCCCCCUCCAACUACUCCUCCAACUCCUCUGCGCCCUGGUCAGCUUCAGUAUGGAAAGCCGCAUGUGCACGCUGUUUCACUUGUGGGACAUGUGCUUAA